AUGGAAGAACCAACCUCGCGCCCGUCGUCCGGCUUCGAGCGGGCCCUGGACGCCGUGCCCGCGCUGCUCGCUGCUAUCCCUGACGAGGCGGUGCCGAGCGUGGCAGCGGCGUCGUGGAGCGCGCUGACGGCGGUCCUAUGGGGCCGGGACAGGGCGGAGCUGUGCGUCACUGCGCACGGAGCGCUCGUGGCAGGCAUCGCACGCCGCAUGCAGCGCGGAGUGGCGGCGCUCGGCACGGUCCGGCUCAGACAUGGCUCGAUCGAUGUCGGCGUGCCAGCGGACGACGCUGGCGUGCUUGUGGGCGCGCUCAGGCAGCUUGAAGAGACGUUCGGUGUCGGCCGCAAGUCUGCGCCUCCGCCGGAUGCAUGCGGCACGGCUCUGAGCCAGCUCGAGGCGCUGAUGGGAGUCGCGGACAGCCAGGGCACGCCCCUGCGGCUGCGCGUCGCGAAAGACCUGUUGUACAAGAACAGGUCUACGCUGGACAGCCUGACGUGUUUUCUGGGUCGGUCUUGUGUGUCGGAGCACCUGCGGGAGCUGGACGUGGCGGACCACUCGGACGACGGGCGGCUGCUCGAGGCGGCUGCGCGUGCCCUGCCGGCGGCGCAGGGGCUGCGCAAGCUGUCCUUGGGUUUUGCGCAAGCAAGUGAGCGGCGGCUGGCGGAUAGCGAGGUGCCGCGGGAUUGCACGGAGGCGCUCGCACAGGCCGUGUCGCAGCUGCCGGCGCUCGAGACGCUUAUCGUCAAGGGCCGCCUGCAAGCGCCACCUACCACUACGGCAGCGCUGUGUCGCGCUGUUGCGUCGUCAGGGAGCAUCGAGGCGCUGACGGUGGAGUGCUGCGACUUGUCUGGCUGCGCCACUGCGGCCAUCGAGGAUAUGUUGCGCAGCACCACGACGCUGCGCAAGCUAGGCAUUAAGAACUGGCAGCGUGGAGCCCCCACCGACGACAUGGAGGUGCCGGACCUGCAAGCUCUGCUGGACGCGCUCGGCGCCGGGCUCGCCAACAACGACUCGCUCGAGGAGCUCGUGCUGCCCGAGGACAACUACUGCUCUGUCAGCUUCGAUGUCUUUGAUUCAGGUCUGACUGGAAACUCCAGGCUCCGAUCGCUGGACCUGCGCCGCAGCGAUCUGGACGAGAACGCGGCCGCGAGCUUCGCCCGGGCCGUGCAGGGAAGCGGAGUGCGCCGGCUGGGGCUGCACGACUCCACCAGCGGCCCUGCAAUGGCUGCUGUGGCUCAGGUGCUGGCGGUCGAGUGCAACAUCGUCGAACUCGACCUGUCGCAUGACGGCGAUUCGAUAUUCGAAUGGGAGACGAGCUCUGAGGAGGAGGAUUUCGCGGUCGCGUCGGCCAUGGUCUUCGGAGCGCUUGGCAAGACGCUGCAGAAGCUCAACCUCGGGUCGCGGGGCACGCAGCCGGAGAGCAUCGCAGCACUGGCUCGAGCGGUCGGGCUCACGAACGGCCCGUUGCGAAGCCUGCGAAUGACCGCCUGCGAACUCGACCUAGAAGGUGCAACAGCGCUCGGCUCGAUGCUUGGCGUGAACAGCACGCUCCGCGAACUAUGGCUCAACAUAUGGUGGGAAAGCGACGAUUCCGGCGCGGGGGCAAUCGCGGCGGGGCUCGCGCUCAACUCGUCCCUGGAGGUUCUCGAGCUGUCGGGCGAGAUCAGGAGUGCAGGCGUCGCAGCGAUUGCGGAGGCGCUCGGCCCGCGCUCCGCGCUGCGUGAGCUGAACCUGUCGCGCCAGGGCUUUGAACCGCUUGACGGCCCCGCGUUGGUGGCGCUCGCGGCAGCCAUCGACCGCGGUGCGCCGCUCAAGCACCUGAACGUCGCGUGGCCUGGAACGGUACCCGCAGCGUCCUGCGUGACUCUGCUCGACGCGAUGAUGCGGGGCCGUCGACCUGGAACGUGCUGCGUCGACUUCGGCCGCGUCGACUCCAGCGCCGAGGAUGCCAUCGACGCGUGGUGCCGGCGGCAGGGCCUAUCGACGGCGCAUCUCCAGGCAGGGAGCGAGAGGCGUGUCCGGUUCGUGUCCAGGGGAAUAUGA